AUGUCAGCACGGUGCUGUGCGGGCCAGUUGGCCUGCUGCUGUGGGAACGCUGGCUGCUCCUACUGCUGUGGCCCCAAGGUCCGUCAGUCCCGGAGUACCCGCUUCAUGUACGCGCUCUACUUCAUCCUGGUCGUCAUCAUCUGCUGCGUCAUGAUGUCCAACACCGUGGCCAAUGAGAUGCGGGAGCACAUCCCUUAUUUUGAAGAUAUCUGUAAAGGCAUUAAAGCUGGUGACACCUGUGAGAAGCUGGUGGGGUAUUCUGCAGUGUACAGAGUCUGUUUUGGAAUGGCCUGUUUCUUCUUCCUAUUCUGCCUCCUGACCUUGAACGUCAACAACAGUAAAAGCUGCAGAGCCUACAUUCACAAUGGCUUUUGGUUCUUUAAACUUCUGCUGUUGGGAGCCAUGUGCUCAGGAGCCUUCUUCAUUCCAGAUCAGGAGACCUUUCUGAAUGCCUGGCGCUAUGUGGGAGCUGUUGGAGGCUUCCUCUUCAUAGUCAUCCAGCUCCUCUUGCUUGUGGAGUUUGCACAUAAAUGGAACAAGAACUGGACUGCAGGCACAGCUACCAACAAGCUGUGGUACGCCUCUCUGUCCCUGGUGACCCUCGUCGCAUACUCCAUCACCACGGGAGGUUUGAUUUGGAUGGCAGUGUUUUAUACCCAGAAAGAUGGCUGCUUGGAAAAUAAAAUUCUCCUGGGAGUAAAUGGAGGCCUGUGUCUGCUUAUGUCAGUGGUAUCCAUCUCACCUUCUGUCCGAGAUCGACAGCCGCACUCUGGGAUACUGCAGUCGGGUCUCAUCAGCUGCUAUGUCACGUAUCUCACGUUCUCAGCCCUCUCGAGCAAACCUGCAGAAGUAGUCCUGGAUGAACACGGGAAGAACGUCACCAUCUGUGUGCCUAACUUUGGUCAGGACCUAUACAGGGACAAGACCUUGGUUGCUGGUCUGGGUACCGCCAUCUUGUGCGUGUGCAUCUUGUAUUCAUGUUUGACAUCAACGACAAGAUCAAGUUCCGAUGCUCUGCAGGGCCGGUACACAGCUCCCGAGCUGGAAGUAGCCCGGUGUUGCUUUUGCUUCGGCUCUGGGGGAGAGGACGCUGAAGAGAAGCGGAAUAUGAAAGAGGGCCCACGGGUCAUUUAUGAUGAGAAGAAAAGCACCGUCUACAGCUAUGCCUAUUUCCACUUCAUGUUCUUCUUGGCUUCCCUCUAUGUGAUGAUGACCGUCACCAACUGGUUCAACUACGAAAGUGCCAACAUCGAGACCUUCUUCAGUGGGAGCUGGUCCAUCUUUUGGGUUAAGAUGGCUUCCUGCUGGAUAUGCGUUCUCCUGUACCUGGGUACGCUGGUCGCCCCACUCUGUCGACCCUCUCCGCAGUACUCCGUGUGA